UAUCUGAAGGUGCCGCAUUUGUCCGUUUCCCCCUCGGAAAUGGUCCAGGUCCAGAGGGGGCAACCUCCUGCAGCCUUGCCGCAGGUGGCUGCCUCAAUGCGCAGCUGGGUGCAUAAGCGCUAAAACCACAACUCACCGAUAUUUUUCAACAUCGCGAGCCUGCUGCACCUCUACACCCUCUCAUCCACGAUGCUCACAGCCGGAGAUCGUGUUCUAUCGACCCCAGAGCUUUUCAUCUGUAUCUUACUUGAGCUUCCACAACAGACUCUCCUCGUCCAAGCCCAGCUCGUUUCUCGUACUUGGAGGAACGUUAUCACAACCUCCACACAAAUACAGCAAAAGCUCUUCUUCACCCCGCUUCCCCCUCUUUCCAAACCCCGCAAACCACAGCAAAACCCCCUUCUAGUCCCUCGGUUCAGGCCCUGGUUCAAGCAUAAAGAGUUCAAACUCAACGAGUGUCCCUACCGCAAUGAUUUCAAACCCACGGAAGGCUGGCACAGAUAUAAAGAUCUGCGGGAGCUGGAGUUCCAGUGGGAACUCGAUGCAAAGACUGCGUACAUGCGAGCUGAAGCUUCGUGGCGCAAGAUGUUGAUUGUGCAGCCUGCUGUUUGCGAUUUGAGGGUUGUGAGUCAGGUGGGCGACUGGCUGGGGCCGGAACGUCUUGCUGCUUUACAUUUUGAGCAAGGAUUGAGGAUGGGUGUGUUGUGGGAUAUUACUAUGGAUGAGUUAUCGCGACGUAGGAGCUCGGAGUUCAAUGUAAGUUGGUAUAGGAGACCGGCACAUGAGGAAAGCGUUGGCAAGAGGAGGAGUGUAGAUGUGGUUUGCGUGGGCUGCAUUGCGCCCCAACCUCAGGUCGGCCACUUCUGCGCAAAGAUCUGGGCCAUUGAAAGGCGCGAUGAGGCGUUAGACGCUGGAGGGCGUACGAGAGACCAUAUGAUCAAUUUGGUAGUUAGUCAUAAGACUCUCAGACGGAAACCUGUCAAGGAGACUCAUUUGUUGAAGAGCCUGGGACACGAAAAAGUCGAUCUGCAGUUUGAGGACGAGUUUUAGGAUUUGGUAAUAUAGUCAGCUCUCCUGCCGAAGAAAUGCUCGCGGCUGUCGGGUAGAAUUGUGUCAGAAACAUUCAGAAACAAUAUGCAACUUUGAAUGUGGUGCCCACAAUAGCUCUACUCUCUGCUGCUCUCCCCGGCCCCCUCUACCUUCUUCCCAAUAAGUCGAAACCUUGUCGUCAACCUCGCCUUCCCAUCUUCAGACAUGGCCCCAAUAUCACCCGAAACGAUUUCGAAUCCCGAUCCCUCCGGUUCUCCCUCCGUCGUCCCAACGCCCCCAAGUCUUCCUUGUACAGCUGCUGCCGUGAUUCCCCUUACUUUGAACGCAUCGUGCAGAGUUGACCAAGUCCAAAUGUAGCUGCUAGGCGUAACAAAUGCCACGAUAGUUUGCCUGAUGUUGAAUUUCUCGUAGCGACUGAGUGUUGGGGAGGAAUGGCCU